AUGGCGCAUUAUUUUGCAAUGAGCAAAGCGAUGAAGCCGAAAAUCUUCGUAUUCCUACUCUUGGUAAGUUGUUCAUCACUCUUCAAUCUGGCACUAGGCGCCCAAUCUUACCAAGGAAAAUGGAAACUGUUGAAGAGAAGCAUUGGAGUUUCGGCAAUGCAUAUGGCAUUGUUACCAAAUGAGCGAAUUGUCAUUUUUGACAGAACGGAUUUCGGUCCUUCCAACAUUACUCUUCCGCAAGGAAAGUGCAUAAAAGAGUUGCAAUCAUCUGAUUGUUAUGCGCAUUCUGUAGAGUUCAAUCCAGCUACGCGCGUUGUUAGGCCACUCACUAUAUUGUCGGAUACAUGGUGUUCUUCUGGCGCAUUAUCACAGGAUGGUACUUUAGUGCAAAGUGGAGGUUAUAGACUUGGCGAAAAAGUUGUCCGAUUCUUCAAGCCAUGCAUGGAUUGCGACUGGGAAGAGGAUCAAAAUGGUCUUCUUUCACCAAGAUGGUAUGCUUCUAAUCAAGUUUUACCAGAUGGGAAGAUCAUUGUUGUCGGUGGGAGAUAUCAGUUCACAUAUGAAUUCAUUCCUAAAGCCUCCAGUUCUGAUCAAAGGGUAUACCAACUUUCAUUCCUAAAAGAAACAAGAUAUUCACCCCUGGUCCCCAACAACCUCUACCCUUUUCUACAUCUCUCAACUGACGGAAAUCUGUUUAUUUUCGCCAAUGACCGAGGAAUUCUACUCGAUUAUGUAAACAACAAGGUGAUUAGAAGUUAUCCUGUAAUGCCUGGUAGCGUUUCCCACAAUUAUCCUAGCACAGGUUCCUCUGUUCUUCUCCCUUUGAAACUCUUUAGCACCGACAACGACAAUAACACUAGCACCCCAGAUGCUGAGGUCUUAAUCUGCGGUGGGACACCCCCAGACUCAAAUGAGAAGGCUAAUGUGGGAAUCUUUGUUCCAGCCUCAAAAUCUUGUGGCCGCUUGAUAAUUACAGCGGCAUCUCCAAAAUGGGAAAUGGAGGAAAUGCCAAUCAGCAGAGUGAUGGGCGACAUGAUCAUGUUACCAACAGGAGACGUACUUAUCAUAAAUGGUGCGGCCAAAGGCACCGCUGGUUGGGGUGUUGCACGAGACCCUGUUCUGAACCCAGUGUUGUACCACCCAGACACUCCAAACAGUGACAAAAUUACCAGAUUUGAGGUAUUAACCCCGUCUAUGAUUCCUAGACUUUAUCAUUCAACUGCUCAUUUAAUAUCAGAUGGUCGAGUCUUAGUCGGUGGCAGCAAUCCUAAUAUGAAUUACAACUUCUCUGCACUUUAUCCAACUGAACUUAGUCUUGAAGCAUUUUAUCCACCAUAUUUGAGCCCAACAAAGCCUCGGCCAUCGAUCAUUGCGGUAAAGCCAGGGUUGAAGCUAGGUUAUAAGCAGAAAGUUUCUCUGGAGUUCACAUUGAAGGGGAAUGUUAAUCAGGCAGAUAUUUUUGUUACAAUGGUGGCUCCAUCUUUUACUACACAUUCAAUUGCGAUGAACCAAAGGUUGCUAGUAUUGGCAUUCAACGACGGAGUGAAGAAGACUCCUUCCGGAAACUAUUUGGUGGAAGGCUAUGCCCCAGAAACAGCGGCAUUAGCGCCGCCUGGAUAUUACCAGUUAUUUUUGGUCCAUGAUGCUAUUCCAAGCAGAGGGACGUGGGUCCAUAUCAAGGAGUACUAAUUAGAAGCAAUUAUGUUUCUUUAGUUCAUAAUUUCAAUGUAAGAAAAA